GUUGAUCAAAGGAUCUGUGAUGUAAUCAGUCUCAGAGCUUUGUGCGCAUCCCUCAUUAACUUUCACCAGAGGCUUUAAUGAAAACCCACUGGAGGGAAUCUCCGCUUUCUCUCCAUUUCUCACUCCUCCUUCCCUUCCAUCUCUCUUUCCCAUCUCCACGUUCACUCCCUGCAGUAUCUGCUCGUCCUCCUCCUCAUUCAUCUUGCACACUGUGCCUCCCCUAAGCUCCCUCCGAGCCAGUGGCGGGUUUUGACUUCCGCUGAGACUGAGUAAAUAUUUCCCAUGGCUUAUCUGACCGCUGGCAGGACAGAAAUGACACAAAGUGCAAGGCCCUGCUAAUUAACACACAGCCUGGGUUUGCUCGGGCCAGUGGCCCCCGGGGGGGACAGUUACAGGGCUUACAGUUUGUCACCUGAAACACAGGGGUAUCAUGUUCAUUAUGGUCAGGUAUGACACACGGCUGCAUUUCUGCAGUCACUAGAGACGCAGCUAUGACUUUAACACACAUCUUGACUUGAUUUACAAAGUUUUGGCCUUUCUGGUAUAGAGAGUUUGUGAGGGAGGGAUAGAAUGAAAAACAGAGAGCAAUUUCCUCUCCCUCUCUCUGGCUCUUGUCCAGGUACAGUCCAGCCCCCUUGGUUCUGGUGAAGGUGUGACGUGGAAGUUACUCCCCUGUUGUGCAAUCAUCAGGAGGCUCUUGGGGGCUAUAAGACCCCCGACCUCAUCUGGUCUCUCAGAGUCUGUCUCCUCUACACACAGACAAAGAGGCAUGAUAUGGUCUGGGGCACUCAGCUGUGCAGUCUCUUAGAGGGGUCGAGGAGCAAUUGUCAAAACAUGGACUUUAGCCAAAAGGCGCACUGAAAGCUGCUUGGAAACUGCUCGGACUGGACACUAACCCUCCAGCUGACCUUGGAUAACUGAAAGGAGGGAAGUCAAGUUUUGUGACGCAACUGUACAUUCAUUUUUCAUAAUGGCGAUCCCAAAUGAACUCUCUCGUUUCAACUCCACCUCAUCGCCUUAUUCAACAACAAAGAACAAUGUCAACACCUCUAUAGCCAAUUCUACUCCGCCCUGCUCAGACUGGCCCUAUGUGCCCAUAACCACAGUCAUCCCCAUCAUUUUUAGUGUGAUCUGUGUGCUGGGAAUUGUAGCCAACACCCUGGCAGUGUGCGUCCUAGCCCACACCAAUACCUCAAGGAGAACUGUGGCAAACACUUUCAUGCUGAACCUCUGUGUGUCUGACCUGCUGUUCCUGUUGUCACUCCCGCUGUGGGCCGUCUACUAUGCCCGAGGCUACAAUUGGACCUUUGGCUUGUUAGCGUGUAAAGUCUGUGGAGGUCUCCUCAAUCUCAACCUGUAUGCGUCGAUCUUCUUCAUCACGAGCAUGAGUGUGGACCGCUACCUGGCCAUCGUGCACCCGCUCUUUUCCCAGAGUGCACGAGACCCCAAACGUGCCCGCCUCACGUGCAUCCUCGUGUGGGUGUUGGCGUUUGCUUGCUCGGUCCCCAACUUGUGUCUGAGGGAGCUUUAUCACCUUGAGGACAGGAAUGUGAUCGCCUGUGUGAUGAAUUAUCCUAAUGACACCUUGAAUACAACCCUGGUAUGUCUGAAGAUUGUUCUGGCCUUCCUCCUCCCUCUACUCAUCAUCGCUUGUUGCUACUGCACAAUUGGUAGACAUCUGUUGGCUGAUACAGGGCUGAUAAGAAUGCAAGAAUCAAAUGUGGCCUCAUUUAAAUCCCAAGAGAGCUGCAGUAAAGCAGAGAGACCUCCAACCCCCUGUGUGAGCCACGGCUCCAGCGGAGGCCGACCUCGGGAGGGAAGGGGCCUCGAGCGGGUGCUGUGGACAGUGGCUGCUGUGGUCCUGGCUUUCUUCCUCAGCUGGUUUCCCUUCCACUGUAUGACUUUCUUGCACAUCCUGCAGAUUGAAGGCUGGGUGGACAGCUGCUGGGUCAACUGGUCCCUCAAAAACUUAACCCCCCUCACCCUCUCUUUGGGCUUCUCUAACUCGGCCGUCAACCCUGUGCUCUACUGCUUUAUUGGAAACCAUUUCCGGGGACGUUUGGGAGGGCUCUGCAAGGGCCUCUGUGCUUGUUUGAAGACCCGCGGGGAGAAUCAGAGCCAGAAGAGAGGCUCUUUUAGCACCAGGCUGAGCUCCUUCUCCCGAAAACUCAGUGAUCUGAAAGACCUGGCGAUUGUGGAGCCCUCAGGUCCUGAUUAGUAGAGCCCUGAUUGGAGUCUUUCCCUUCUCAUUUACGGGCUUCACACCCCGAGGAGCAGCGGCGACGUCAAGUGACUGCUGAACUCCAAUUAGCAUGGAUGUGAGAGACGCCACUGUUACUAUAACUGACUCAGUCAAAUCCCAGCAGAGUCAGAUGCUGCAGUUUAAAGACGGAACAAAAUGUAUAAAAAUGUCAGUCUUGAGACUUUGAUGCCAAGCUGUGUAACAGACAUUUAAAUAAUGAAUUGAAUGCUUUAAAAACUACAUCAAGCAGCUGUUGUCAGUGAAGAAGCUAUACAACACACCAUCUUUACAGUGCCAGCUCUGCACCAGACAAAAGACAGGCAGAGUGACUAGCUUAUAAACACAGUGGAGCAUUAAGCAGCUACAAAGCCAGAUAUUUCCCUCAGGAUGCGCUUAGUCUUUUCUUUGUCCAUAUUUGAAAAACAAAAAUUCAGUUAUUGUAGGUUGCAGGAAAAUGCUUUCAAACCUUCAUGGACUCCAGGUCUGACAUUACAGCGACACUAGUAAGCAACUCUUCUUUUCUUGUUUUGACAUUGAAGUUGUAGGCUUUGGGGACGAUGUACAAAUGAUGUUAAAAAAUGAUUUACCAAAUGCAGAAAAAAGGUAUAAAAGAGAAGAUCCUUUUGUUCUCUUUGUGACUAUCUUACCAGCUAGCGCUUAUUUAAAGGUGUUCUGUCGAGCUCUGCUUUAGCUAUGACGUACCUCUGACAAUGUACAAUUCAAAGGUUUGAUAUUUUUUUUAAAUGGUAAGAAAAGUGAGAAAGAAAAGAAUAAUAUCCUUAGAGUUCAUAUAGCUCCACUGCUUUUUUUGCUAUAUGGCCAGGCCGGCAGAAGAAUGGGAUCUAAAUGUAUAAGGAUGAUUAUUUCAACCUUUUCUGUUCUUUCUUGGACCAAAAACAUUAUGCGUAUACUUGUUUAUUUUGUAUGGUAUUAUUAUGUAAAGGCAGUUAAGAAAAAUUUAUAUUAGUGCAUCUCUUUAAAUAACAAAUAAAGUUUUUUGCCUAAAACAAAA